AUUCUACUUGCCUACUCUCAUCAAAGGAGCCCGACGCGAAGACUAGGCUCAAGUUUCCCUCCGAGGCCCAAUGAUAACCUGCGCUGGUCGGCAGAAGCUGGAAGCUUUUCCUCAAAUGCAUGGUUUGAGGCACAGCUCGAUUUGGUCUUGUCGCUCUGCCUCCGUGAUGGUAGGGAACUUGAUAUCAGGGUUCACGCGUUUCUGCCUGAACACCGGUUUUUAACUCCUUGUCUCCCCAAGCCAGCGCUGCAUUGAUGACUCGCACUUGCAUUCGCUAGCCAGGGAACCGACAUCAACGUUCAAUACUCCCUGCUAGCUGGAAAAGGACUGGUCCAGCCGUACAGGGACCUAUCAAGGUGUGAUACUGAGUAGCUGGAAGCUGGAAUGAUCCAUUAAUCUCCGCAAAGCUACAGCAACCCCCUUGUCUGCGCCAUCCCUCAACCAUGGAAGUUGUGGAUCGCACCCACAUAGACGAAGAGAUCUCGCGCUGUGUACAUGACGAGAUUCCCAUCCGACUAAUCUACAUCCCAACCGGCGAACUGGUCGACCGAGAGUUCGUCUGCAACCACUUCCGUCGUGAGAUCCACCGACGACUAGGAGGUAUCAUGCAAACGCCAGAUAGCGAAACCGGCCGCGUGCAGGCCCAGAGCAACGUCUUCUGGACCACACUCGACGUCGUGGCAUACGCGACACUGUCGCACAGGUGGGGAGAUGGGGAGCCGAGCUACGCAGACUACGUGCGGCGGUGGGAAGCGCGCCAGCGCCAGAACGAGCAGCAGCGCCGGCGCCUGUCCACCACGCACGUGCGUCUCUUCCAGCGCGGCGCAGGCGGAGGUCCGCAUGAUGUCAACACGCCUCCGCUAGCGCCAACGCCCGGAUAUGAGAAGCUCGAGCGGUUCCUUGCGGAGACAUCGAGGCGCGGAAUCGACUUCGCGUGGUCGGACACGUGCUGCAUCGACAAGAGCAGCAGCGCUGAGUUGGAUGAAUCGAUUAGGUCCAUGUUUAGGUGGUACAGGAACUCGGCGCUCUGCGUGGUGCACCUCUCGCAGACAACGUCCGUGCUCGACAUGGGGCAGGACGAGUGGUUCCGUCGUGGAUGGACGCUCCAAGAGCUCCUCGCACCAUGGAGGGUCAAGUUCAUGAACAGGGACUGGCAGCCGCUCACGAACGACGAGAACGACAAGCGGAUCAAGAGGGUGACCGCUGCAGACGGGGAGCCACAGUCGACGUCGGGGUUCAGCGUCAGAUCAGGUCUCCUCGGCCGGGGUAACUGGAGCAUAUCCAAUCAGACGUUGAUCGGUGUCGUAUGCGAAACCACACGUAUCCCUGAAGCGGUCUUCGAGCGCGAAUAUCGUCCACGGACCAUCAAGAUCGAUGAACGAAUGGGUUGGGCCGCCAAUCGUAUGACGACGCGGGGAGAGGACGCAGCGUACGCGCUGAUGGGAAUGCUCGGCGUCAGCAUCCAAAUUGCCUACGGCGAAGGGCGUGCACGGGCGUUUCGGCGCCUCUUCGAGGCCAUUGUCCAGGACGUUCAGGAUCCCUCGGUUCUUCACUUCCCGCAUCCAUAUGUACCACGAUCGCCGAGCGACUACCUCACAGACGACCCCAUCGAUUGGCGACGGUGCAAGCUUGCGCAGCAAAUAGAUAUGGGCACUACGCGGCAGGGUCUUCGUAUUCGUGUCGCUGUCAUAUCCGCGGAAUUCGUCGGCACUGAACCCUCUGGCAGUGAUUUUCGAUGCCAAGCUCUAAACGAUACCAAAUUUGAGCCCAGGGAUCUCAACUUUGACCCGCGAAGAGUGUUGAAGAAAUCGGCUCUGGGAAUCGUCGCAUACUGCGAGGUGGAGGCAAAGUCAAAGAUCGCCUUCUCGGAACAUGUUAUCGCUUAUCUCCUGACAUCUUCUUGGGAGGUUCAUCAUGAGGAUGGCCAUGAUGGCUGGGGGUCCUGGACCAUUAACGAUGGCGAUAACGUCGAGAAAUGGCAGCUUUCUUCAUCGUUGUUUGGUUUCGACAUUCGAGGUUCUGACUUCUCCAAUGCUGUGGACAUUACCCAAAUGCAGGUUUUCUUCGUUGACAAGCAACACGUUGAGUAUUAUGACCUAUGUGUUCCGUCUCAUCCACAUUUACGGUUAGACAUGUCGCGAUCGUAGUCCCUUCAUGUUGCUUGCGAUAUUUAUGUUGACAAUUCGUCUGAGUAUGUUGCUACCUUCUAAUGGCCUUAUUUACCAAGUAAUUACAAGUAGUUCUCGGUCAUAUGGUUUGGUCGGCGUUACUCUAGGAAGGACC